UUAAACCGUUGCACUGAAAGGACGGAAACACAUGGUUGCCGUAUUGCGGGUCGUGGAUGCAAAUAACAAUGUUAUAAAGCAGAUUUGAAACGCAUGUAUGUGGCGUUGAGUGUUUUUGUAAGGACCAAUGACAAUGUGUCCUGAAUGAAAGUUAAUUAAUUAAGCGAUGGAGUCAGCAGCCCUGGUAGCUCCAGUCACAGCUCUGGAGUUCCUUCAGGAUGCAUUUCUUCUGACAGGUGAGGGUCCAGUCUUGACGGUGUACAGUCUCCAGCCUCGCCCUAAAGCCUGUGUCUCACAGAGUGUGCUCCAACACAACAGAAUCCAUGGAAUAAGACCUAGAAGUGUGGUGACUGUCACAGCAGAGAGCUUUGCCACAAGAAGCUAUGGGGAGGAGAAAGAUGAAUUGUUUCCCGAAUCCCCAGAACUGAGCUCAACCUCUAAGUCCAACUUCUAUGAUCUAGCAGUGUUUGGAGGCAAGGCUGUGAGGCUGGUGAGGUUCCGGUAUGGGGAUCAUCUGCGUAUGGAGAUUAUGGGUCCCCUCAUAAAGCUGCAGGACUGGGCUCUGGAUGUCCGCUGGCUCUUUGGAGACCAACACUCAUUGCUCUGUGUGGCUGUUGCCCACAAUAGUGCUCUUCUCCUGGAUGUCAGUACAGGAAAUGCCCUGGUUCAGCGCUCCUGUCUCGAGGGGUGUCUGCUGUACUCUGCCCUCCUUCUGGUACAUGAUUCCUGGGCAGAUACAGUCAUAGUAGGAGGGACUGUUUUCAACCAGCUGGUUCUCUGGAAGCCAGGAGAAGGAGACAAAAAUAGCGACUCUGAGCAGAAAGCUCCAGUUGAGAGACGUCUGCUGGGCCACAGCGGGGUCAUCUUCAGCAUCUCUUACCUCCAGGAGAAAGGAUGGCUGGCUUCAGCCUCUGAUGACCGCAGUGUAAGGGUGUGGGGUAUUGGCGCUUUAGGGGGCCCUGGAGGAAAAUGUGGGGACUUGAACCCAGCUUGUUUAAGGGUUCUAUAUGGACACCAGGCUAGAGUGUUCUCAGUGCAUCUCUCCCCAGGGACAGUGUUCAGUGCUGGGGAAGACGGGGCCUGUUUAGUCUGGGACUGGGCUGGAGGUGGCAAGGUGGUUCGUACUUUGAAGGGACACCGAGCAGGGGGGGUUCGUGCACUUGCAGUCAGUGAUGGAACAGGAGAUAAAGGGAGAUGGGUGGCUACAGGGGGUGCUGAUGGAGGGGUGAGGUUGUGGAGGGUGGAAGGGAGUGAGGAGAGGAAGGAGAGAGUGGAGGAUGCAGUGACAGAGAAGAUAAGUGACCUGAAAUUUCCUGGUCCAGGCUCGCCUAAGGUGGUUUGUAUAGCUGGGGAAGGGGAUGAAAAUGCAAGUUGGAGUCAAAGUACGUUUGUGGUUUGCACUGACCAAGGAAAAGUUUACCAGUACAGCAAAAGUCAGUGGGAGAUGGUCUGGCAAGGGACACCAGAGUUUCAGUGUUAUUGUGUGAUGGAAACAAUAACUGUCAAUGUGAAAGACUCAACAGCCAAAGUUAAUUUGUGUGCUGUCGGAAACCUCAGUGGGUCCAUACAGGUCUUCCCCAUCUCUCAUCCUCAGUGUGGGAUUCUUCUCACAGGUGGAUCAAGGAAGAUCCAUAGUCUUAUUUGGCAAAAGGCAAAACAAAGCUUGUAUUUGCUAGCAUCAGGCGCUGAAGGACUUGUCCAUCGCUGGCGUAUAGAAGUAAAAUUAGAUGAAAACCGUUCCUUGGCUCUCAGUGUAAAUUCCCUUCCACCUUUCCUCCUUCCCCCCUGUGCCAAACGCUGGCUGACUGCUGCAGUGUCCCUCCACUCCACACCAUGGGGGCUGUUGUGGGUGUGUGGGGACAGGAGAGGGUCUCUGCUUUUGUUACCAGAAGGACAAAAAAGGGAGCCAAAGUUGGGAGAUCACAAAAGUAUGGACGAAGGCUUGCUGACAAGCAAGAAACAAAACGAUGACGAAGGUGUUGAAGCUGAGGAAAAUGGAAGAGGUCAAGACAGAAAAAGAGAAAUGAUGGAGGAGAGAGAAAGAAAUGAAGUGGGUGAACUAACACUGCACCCACUGAGCUGCCUGUUUGGAGUGCAUGGAAAGCAGGGUGUAACUUCAGUGUGUGAAUACCAGGGACUGUUCUACAGCACCGGCAGGGACGGCUGUGUGAGGAUCUUCAGAGUGCGUCCAACACCGCCAGAAAAACCUGAAGAAAAGAGUAGUGGAACGAACAAGGGAGGACUUCAGCUGGAGGUUCUCAGAAUCCAGCGGGCCUGCAAGGGCAUGGAGUGGCUGGAGAGGGUCUUGAUUCUUGAACCUGAAAUUCCAGUGGAAGAGGAGGAAGAGCUGGAAGAGGAAUGUAAGAACCACUACAAGACAAAGACACACAAUUUGACAGAAAAUAUAGAGGUUACAGGGGAGGACAAAGAGGAGGGGAGCUCUAGAGAAGAAAAAAAAACAGAGAACAAGGCAAGAGAAGCCAGGUUUGUCAUCAUUGGCUUUCAUGCUGUCCACUUUGUAGUUUGGGACCCUGUAAGGCACGAGAGGCUGUUAGCAGUGCCUUGUGGUGGGGGGCAUCGCUCUUGGAGUCUCUGGCCGUCCCACAAAGGGUUUUGGCCCGGAUAUGGCACUCUGGUCUUCAUCAAACAGGGGGCCGUCCUGGCUUUGCAGCCCCCUGGAGAGACACCAAGCUGUGCUGGGAAGGCUGGUAGGAAUGGAGGAUGGGGCCUGAGAGAGGGCGUCCAUGGGAGAGGGAUCACGUGUGUAUGCAGGCUGGGGAGGAUAAGGGGAGUUUGCUAUGAGAUUAAAACAAUGAGUACAGGAAAUUUGACCGAAAUCGAGGGAAAGGAUAGGCUCAAAGACGAAGUAACGGAUGUGGAGAGAGAGAAAGGGCAUUGGGAGAUAGUGGUGACAGGAGGAGAGGACACUAGCUUAACUGUCCUGGCAAUACAUCCCAACUCUGGCAGCAUCGAAGUUCUCGCAGUUAUUACUGACCACAUCUCGAGCGUUCGAACGGUGACAGCGGUAACACACCCAGUGGGAGGGAGUGAAAACCCAGCUCUCUCUGCCCUGCUCGUGUCAGCUGGUGGGCGAGCUCAAAUACAGUGUUACCGGCUGUUGAUCGGCUGGGACAGGCAGAGGCUGGUUCCCUCCUGCCAGGUGAUCCAGGUGGCCAGUCAUCGAUUGGACAAACAGUGGGAGAGGAGGCGGAACCGUCACAAGACGGUGAAAAUGGACGCAGAAACAAGGUACAUGUCUGUAGCGGUAGUGGAUGAGAAGACCGACGGGGGACCUCUGGCUCUGGCCUGCAGCGACGGAGCUCUCAGAUUGUUCUCAGUCAGUGACGUUAAAUGUCAAAUUGAUUUGUUGUGGGAGACAUUUUAUCACCAGCGCUGUGUGCUCAGUGUUGCCUCCUGCAGCCUGGAGGAUGGAAAAGGCAGAAGGUAUAAGCUGCUGUUCAGUGCUGCAACAGAUGGCAAAAUUGCAGUGUGGGAUUUGACUGAAGCUUCUUGCUUAUCGGCUGGUACUUCGAGCAAUGCUCCAACUCCACCAAUCCCAUGCCUCGACAUUCCCGCCCAUCAGAGUGGCAUCAACUCAUUGGCUGUUUGGACAGAGAAACUAGGACAACAAGAGGGCGGAUGCCUGGUAACUGUUGCUAGCGGAGGGGAUGAUGGGCAGCUGACAGUGUCCACAAUUAGGGUGCAGUACCCAGAAGAAGGGAAGACUGGGGGCAGCAGAGGGUUUUCUCAGAUUUCUGAGCCCCAGAUUUCUCUACAAACCCAGUUCCAAACCCCAAAUCAGCUUCAUCUUCAACUUCACUCCCAGUCCCACAUCCCGUUGGCUCACGCUGCCCCUUUGACCGCCCUGGAACUCCUGAGCCCAGGCCUCGUGGUCUCCACUUCUUCAGAUCAGCGGGUUUGCCUGUGGAGAGUUGGCAGUACCGGUAUCAGCCAGAUUGGGGCGCUGUGCUCCCACAUUGCUGAUGCUGCAGGUCUCGCAGUGUGGGAGGGGCAGAUGAUAAACAAGGAGGAAGGAGCUAAAAAGAGGAAAACACGUUUUAAGUCGGGGCAGGAGAUUGCAAUUUGGAGAGGGACAGGGAGUGAGACUGGAUUAAGAACGAUGUGUAAGACAGCAGAGGGUAAGACAGAUGGGACAUCCAAUAAGGAUAAGGAAAGAGCUGAUGAGGCCGAGGGUGGAGAACCUGUUGAAGGCAUGGGCGAGACAGGUGACCCAGUUUGUAAGACCAGGGAUGAGAAGGGAGGUGAGACAGCUGGUGAGAGUAGAAAUCAAACAGAGACUGACAUCGUGGGUGAGACAGAGAGUGAGGUAAAUGCUGAGACAGGUUUUAAGGUGUCCUGUGAGAGCAAGAAAAGAGAGAGAGAAAAGACAGGAUGGGUGCUGGUCUGUGGUCAGGGCUUCCAGUUACUACGACUCAGAAAUACAGAGAUGUAAGUGGAAUCAAAAGAUAGCAGCCAGUCACUUUCUUAAUAGAGACAUUUUGUAAAAUUAUUUAUGAAAUAUCUGUAAAAUCUCUUGAUUGCAGAAAUAUGAUAUCAAUGUUUUUUUUAAAUAAAGUUUAUUCUCCAGCUUUCUUA